CCCAGACUUAGAGAAGCAGUCAGCAACCACACCCACCUGUCGCUGUCUUCCCACUUAUAUAUAGCCAGACGUCUGUAUACAGACAUCAGUUGAGCUCAAACCCUCACAAGUGACACAGCCAUGAAGACAUUUGUUUUGGUGUUGUCUAUCGUGGCGAUGGUGGCGGUGGCGAGGCCCCAGGGCGGCUAUGGUGGUCAUGGAGGACUUAUUCCCAUUGGCCCUGCGCAAUAUAACUUCCAGUGGGAGGUCAACGACCCUCCGUCAGGCAACUCUUACGGUCAUCAGGAGCACAGAGAUGGAGAUAAUACUAAGGGAAGUUACUACGUGCAGCUGCCGGAUACUCGUCGUAUGUUGGUUGAGUACGUGGUGGACCAGUUCGGCUACCACCCCACCGUCACCUUCGAAGGCAAGGCCCAGUACCCUGUUGGACCCGGUCCAAAGCCUGGCUACUACCCCUAGACCACUUACGAUAUCCUCAGCUACUUCCUCAGACCAGCCGGUCUUGGUCUCAUCUAUGCUACAACUAAUACAUAACCCACAGCCAUCUCAGCCGUUUCCUCAGACCAGCAGGCCCAGUCCUCAGCAAAGUUACUACCAGUAAACGAACCACAACAAUCUCAGCUUCUUCCUCAGACCAGCAAGCUCUGGUCUCAGCUGUGCUACUACCAGUAUACGACCCACAACAUUCUCAGCUCCACUCUCAGACCAGCAGAUCUUGGUCUCAGCUGCUCUACUACCAGCAAACAAACCAUCUCAGCUGUUCACUCAGAUCACAAACAACACAACAUCGGUGUAGAAGCUACAACUACCUCUACUUACAUGAAGAUAUCACAACUCAGCAGGACUGUGAUAAACUCAGCUUAUUUCACAAUAACACGAAGACGUAGACCGAAGUCAGACAGACCAAGACCCUCUAAACCAACUUUACGUAGACCAAAGUCCAGCAGGUCAAGACUCCGUGUCCAAACUUUACGUUCCCAAGGUCCGGCAGACCAAAACCCUGUAGACCAACUUCACGUAGACCCAAGUCAGGCUGUGAGACGUUCUUCUGGUCUCCACUCAGAGCAGGUGAAGACGCGCUACAGUGAUACUGGAUCCAGGUCUUUGUCAAGAGUGGUUCUUCCUGUCAUUAUGUCUAUAAUUCUCCUGACAUUUAUUCUGAGAUAUAAAUCUUUGUAUGACGAAACUUAAGACUGUAAAUAAAAUAUAU